CAGGGGAUCCCGCCCGCCACCACUCACUCUCCUCCUUAUCGCCACGAAGCAAGAUGAAAACAACUUUGGUGUUGGGAGUCAUAUUUUCGUGUAUCACAGCCACAUUUGCUGUCGUCUACAAAAAUGGAGACGAGGUUGUACUUUAUGUCAACAAAGUGGGACCCUACUUCAAUCCACAUGAAACUUACCACUAUUACCAGCUGCCUGUUUGCCGUCCUAAAAUUAUUGAACAUAAGAGUCUUUCACUGGGAGAAGUCUUGGAUGGGGAUCGCAUGGCCAAGUCAGACUACCAAAUCAAAUUCAAAGAAAACCUCCAGAACCGCAAGCUGUGUGACCUGAUCCUCUCCGAGCAGGAAGUGCAGUACUUGAGAGAGGCUAUAGAAGAGCAUUACUACUAUGAGUUUGUGAUCAAUGACAUACCUGUGAGGGACUUCAUCGGUCACCUUGAAGAGUCGGGCUUUGUUCCUCAUACGCACAAGGUGUUUCUAUGGACUCAUCAACACUUUAAUAUAUAUUUCAAUGGGGACAAGAUUAUUUAUGUGAAUGCAACCAAAGAACACAAUCCCAUCAGUUUGGAUGAUGUUGAAGCACCUCUAACGGUGAAAAUUACAUACUCGGUAACAUGGAUCUCCACAAAGAUUAGUUUUGCUGAUCGUGGACACCUGGUUCAAGACAACAGUUUCUUUCCCAGGAGCUUGGAGAUCCAUUGGCUUUCUAUUAUCAACUCCAUGGUUCUUGUUUUCCUCCUCAUGGGAUUCGUCGUUAUCAUAUUGACUCGAGUACUGAAGAAUGACUUUGCCCGUUACAACAUUGAUGAAGAAGGACGGGAAGAAGUUGAUAGCGAUGAAUAUGGCUGGAAAAUCAUUCACACAGAUGUGUUCAGGUUUCCUGAGCGCAAGAGCCUAUUUUCUUCUAUUUUGGGUGUUGGUUGUCAGUUCCUUGCUGUUACAAUAGGCAUUAUUGGAAUGGCUCUCUUAGGAAUUUUUAAUGUCCACCGGCAUGGUGCCAUGAAUAGUGCGGCCAUAUUUCUGUAUGCCCUCGCUUCUGUCAUUGCUGGAUAUGUGUCAUCAACAUACUUCAGAAUGAUGGGUGGAACUACGUGGGUUUCAAACGUUAACCUUACUACCGUUCUCUUUGCAGGGCCUUUCUUCCUUAUAUGGAGUGUGCAGAACAGUGUAGCUUGGGCAUACCACUCAACGCAGGCCCUGCCCUUUACCACCAUUAUACUUCUCUUUCUGGUGUGGCUUUGCAUUGGAUAUCCUUUAACUGUGUUUGGAGGCAUCAUAGGCAAGAAUGGUCAUAUAGAAUUCAACUUUCCUUGCCGCACCAAAAAUAUAGCACGUGAAAUACCACCUGUUCCCUGGUAUCGCUCCUACUGGGCUCAUUUUGCUGUUGGUGGAUUUCUGCCAUUUAGUGCCAUUAGUGUGGAAAUGUAUUACAUUUUCUCCACUCUGUGGGGCCGGGAGCAGUACACACUCUAUGGCAUACUGGGUGUAGUGUUUGUUAUCCUGUUGAGUGUGACUGCGUGUGUGUCCAUUGCACUGACAUACUUCCAGCUGGCUGCAGAAGACUACAGGUGGUGGUGGCGAUCAGUCUUCAGUGCAGGAUCAACUGGAGGUUUUGUCCUGAUGUACUGUCUAUUCUACUAUCUGAAGCGAUCUAACAUGUCUGGUGGACUACAGACCAUCGAGUUUGUGGGCUGGUCACUCCUCACCUGUUACGUCUUCUUUCUCACCCUGGGUACCGUGUCGUUCUUUGCGUCGCUUGCUUUCGUCAAAUAUAUAUAUCGAAACAUCAAGAUGGACUAGCUGGUAGUCUAAUGCAGAUAUAACUAGGCAAGUCUUAGACAAAAAGUUUAAAUAAGUGUACUGUACAUUCCUAUCCAUAAACAUUGUAUGUGAGAAUUAUGAUGGUAGGUGUAAUGAUUGUAUACAUGAAUGUUUUUUUGCUUUAUAAGUAAUUUUUACAUAAAUCAUCAUGGUAGAGUACCAGAGGCUACAAUGCAUUUGUGAAUUUGGUCG